AUGAAGAAGGAAGUCUGCCCUGCUUGGGGUCAGACAUGCUCUAAGUGCCAAAGACAGAACCACUUUGCUGUCAGGUGUCCCAAGAAGUCUGUCAGGAGAGAAAAGAAACAUCUAUAUUGUGCUAAACACAGUAUAUCGUCUGAUGAAUCCUCCAACUCCCCUACAGACGACUGCUUCUCUUUCUCAUCAGAGGAGGAACUCGUGAGCGCUAUUGGCUCCAAGAGGCUAAAGAAAAAACUCAAGAAGAAAGUGAUCAAGGCAAGGAUGAUCAUUGCCGGCACAAAAGUUGCAUGUCAGGUCGACUCUGGCGCUAGUGUCAAUGUCAUUCCUGAGAAGUAUGCCAAACAUGCGCCCAUCUCACCUACCAAAACCAAAUUAACUGUCUACAAUGGCACAUCUCUUGCUCCUAAGGGAAAAACCAUACUGACAGUUAAGAACCCCAUGACAGGAAAGUCCUACCAUGUCAGGUUCCUUGUUGUUGAGAAGAAUCUCACCCCAUUGCUGGGAAAGAAAACUUCUGAAAAGAUGGGGUUAAUCACUGUGAACUAUGAAAAUUUUGAGAGUGUUGACAAGAUCACAACGACACCAAAGUCACCUGUACCUAUGGACUUACCAUCUUCACACAUCCUGGACGCAUACCCAGAUCUGUUCAGUGAGACCCAGGGCAACCUACCUGGUGUUGUACACCUUGAAGUUGACCCGACUGUUCCACCUGUCACAGCUCCUAGUGGAAGGGUACCUCGUGCAAUGAAGGACAAGCUCAGCAAGGAGUUGAAAAGAUUGACGAAAAGAGGAGUAAUCACACCAGUGGACCAACCAACUGACUGGGUCAGCCGGAUGGUCCUUGCGACAAAGAAGUCAGGCAAGCUGCGGGUAUGCAUUGACCCUCGUCCUCUCAACAAAGCACUCAAACGAGAACGGUAUCCCCUGCCUAUUAUGGAAGAUAUCCUACAAAACUUAGCAAAUGCUAAACUGUUCUCCAAACUCGAUCUCACGGAUGCCUACUGGCAUGUCCAUCUAGAUGAAGAGUCUAGUCUACUGACAACAUUCCAGACUCCAUACGGACGUUACAGAUGGAAACGACUACCAUUUGGAACUUGUGUAAGCUCAGAACUGUUCCAGAAGCGGUUGAACAUAGCUCUUGAAGGCCUUCAUGGAGUGAUUGGUGUUUCAGAGGACAUCGUCAUCUAUGGUUCAGGACACACAACGGAAGAAUCAUCCGUGGAUCAUGACAAAAACCUCAUUGAGCUGCUCAACAGGUGUCGAUAA